AUGUCUCUUGAUUUCAGAGAUGCCGGCUUGGAAGACAUGAAAAUCGCCCAUGCCAUCAAAGCAACGCAAGUCACCAAGCCAUAUCCGAAGAUAAUACACAAAGGAGCUCAUUAUGCCGUGGAUUAUGAUGCCCAAACGCGUCUAGAACUGCUCCAUCGACGAGAUGAGGACAAGCUCUACGAAGCGUUCCAAAACCAGCGGACAAAGGAAAGCGAGCAAUUUGAGAAUGAGACUAAGGAAGAAUGGGAACGAGCGUUGGCGGAUUUCGCUCGAAAGUACGAGAAAGGGCAGGCAAAUAUACGAAAUAAGGACGAUUUGAUACGUCAGCUCACCAUCAAAAGGGAAAAGAAACUUGAAACUCUGCAUACCAAACGGCGGAUUUGGGAUGCCAAUGGAUCCAGGGAAUUUCUUGAUGCACUUGGCUUCACUGACAGAGAACAAGGCGAUCUUGGACCUGUUUAUGGAUUCCAGUGGCGCCAUUUUGGUGCAACGUACAAGGGCCCGAACGCUAACUAUGAAGGUGAAGGAGUCGACCAGCUUGCCGAUGUAAUCCAUCAAAUCAAGACAAAUCCAGAUAGUCGGCGAAUCAUCCUCAGUGCUUGGAAUCCGUCAGAUUUAAAAAUCAUGGCCCUUCCUCCGUGCCAUACGCUCUGUCAGUUCUAUGUACAAGAUGGAGAACUUAGCUGUCAGUUGUAUCAAAGAAGUGGAGACAUGGGACUUGGUGUUCCUUUCAAUAUUGCCAGUUACGGCUUGUUCACCCACAUGAUUGCUCACGUGUGUGGCUUGAAGCUCGAGCGAACACCUAGCGCCUUCCCAACGAUAGAAUUCGGUGAAGGAAUCAACACAAUAGACGAUUUUACCGCAGAGAAAACUCCAUACUGA